ACGCGCGCGCGCUAUAAAUCCAGGGCAAGGUAUCCUGAGUUUGUCGCUUGACAUCUGCGUCUCACACUCUGCAGCAACAGUCGAAACGCCAUGAGCUAUCUGUUCCAGACCAGGCGUGAAGCGACGCAACAAAAGCCAGAGUCUUCAGCAGAACAGCAGCGAAAGAUAGAUGAUGUUCGGGAGCUGCUGGGCGACCUGGCGACGGAGAUGCCCAGCUUCUUGUCGGACGGCACCAUCCGCCGGUUUCUCCUGUCAAGGAACUGGAGCACAAAAAAAGCCGCCAAGGCUCUGAAAGAAGCUGUCAAGUGGAGGCGUCAGUUCAAGCCUGAAACGAUUUGUUGGGAAGACCUUGCUGGCAUCGAGAACGAGGUUCAACGAGCGUACAUGGCUGACUAUCUCGACAAGAAUGGCCGAACUGUGUUCGUGAUUAUGACGUCAAUAAAGAGCUUAACUUCAGCAAAGGAACAUAUACGACAGCUAGUGUAUAACCUGGAAAAUUUGGCCAUGAACUCAGAAGGCGCACAAGAAGGGAACGUUGUUUGGAUGUGUAAUUUCAGUGGUUGGACACCAUUAUCUACGCCAUUAUGGGAAACCCGUGAAUCGCUGCACAUAAUUCAGAGGUAUUAUCCAGGGUUGAUUGGAGCCGCGAUUCUCAGCAACCCGCCCAAGAUAUUUGAAUCCUUCUGGAAGAUUGUAAAGCAGUUUCUCGAACCAACAUUGCAAGAGAAAAUAAAAUUUAUUUACAGCAACAAUGCAGAGAGCCAGAGGAUAAUGGCUGAUAUGUUUGACAUGGACAAGCUGGAGUCUGCAUUUGGUGGAAGAAACACAGCUAGCCUUGAUAUUACCAAGUAUGCUGAGAGAAUGAGAAGAAGAGAUCAGUUAAGGCGAACUUGCAACCACGCAAAUAGAAACACCUGAUUUUCCUGACCAGGAACAAGAUCAUUUCCCUUGUGAACAGUAAAGAGUACUUGGAACUACACUGUCAACAGCUAAUCCAUACCAAGAACACUGAAACCUUAUAUGAGCGAUGGAAGCUAGAUUUCAUCAAAUAGCUUAAGCUCGAUAAUUAUGAGCGCCUAAGGUUAAAUGUUGAAGAUAUCCUUUACAUGGUUCAUGAUUUGUUUUUUGGGGGUUCUGAGAAAAUUUAACAGAACAUGAAGUAUGUAACACUGGAAUAUAAGAAAUUAUUGAUAAUAAUAAUAAUGCCUGUUUAAUUGGAUGCA